GAGACUUGAGAUAGGAUUGGAAUGCUACCACUAGCAAACAAUACUGUGAAACAGGUUGAAAGAUUGGGUGGUUCCUCUUUCGUUCCAGAAGGAGAGGGGUUUGAAGCUAAGGAGUCCAAUGUUAUACCGGCAGUGGAGGAUUUCACUUUAUGUGUAGCUUGUAUGGAAGAAGUUGCCAACGUACUAUUUAUACCUUGUGAACAUAGUGUUAUUUGUGAGCGUUGUUUAUGUAUGCUCGAUAAUCUACUCUGCCCCUGUUGCAGAGAGCAAGUACUGUUUUUCAAUUUGUUACCUGUCAAGUCCAAAGUGGUUGAAGACUGUACUCUGAAUGUGCCAAAUAUGGAGUGGUGGACGUGUGAUGAAACUAGUCAAGUCAAUAACGAUAAAGUCUCUGAAUAUUUGGAGAAGAAUGGUGCUGGAAAGCUGUUUGAUGGAGUUUUGUCUCCAUCCGCAUCCACCCUUCAGUUUAUUGGACCUUUUGAAGGACAAGAGUGUGGUUGGUUCUGUCCAUGUUGUGAAAACUAUCAUUCACGUGAACAAAUCGAAAAUUCUCUGAUGUAUCCAAUGGAAAAACUUGUUCAACAGCGAAUAGAGCAUGAACGUAACAUUGUUAAAAAAACCCUUCAGGUUUGGGUUUGUGGUUCUUCUUUUCAAGUGAAUGAACGCUUGAUUGAAGUGUUGAGCGAUAUAUUUCCUGUUGAUGGAGCAUAUGUACAUAAUAUGACUAUUGUCAACAACAUCAACAAUAAUAAUCGUACAGUUGGUAAAGAGGCAGUUCAUGUUAUAAGCAAAAGUUUGCGCAAGUUACCACUUUUGGAGUUGAGCUCGAGAUACAAAGUGGCUAAUAAGGAGGAUCACUGUCCGAUUCUUAAUUAUGAAAAACCACCUGUGAAUAUAUGUUUUCAAUGUGGAAAAUAUUCACCUAAUUGUCGUUUUGAAGGAAAUUCAAUUUGUUUUAGGAAUGUUAGGACUUGGGAACUGUUCAGAUAUGCAAAGCGAAAGGAUUCUUGGUAUUCUCCUGAUUUAUUAUUAUACUGUUGUUAUAAUGAUAGUGAACAAUCAUUUUAUGACAUUUUGGGUCUAAAGAGACGUUUGAGAGAUCGAUAUGGGUUUGUUUGUAAGGAAUUGCUUGUCUUAUUGGAGAAUUCCGGAUUGGAAGGAGGAAAGAGCUGCACUUCUCCGGAACAUUUUAAAGAUGUAUUUUGGCAACGAGAACAAAGUAGUCUUACUAUAAGUUCGAUAUGCAAGUUGCUCAAAGAAUAUGAACCCGAGCAUACCGAUUUACUGGAUGUAUCAUAUGUUAACUUGACCGAUAAUCCCAAUUACUUUCGUCCUUUGUUGAAAACCAUUGUGCGUCGAGCAAAAGUUCAAAGAAAACAGCAGAAUAGAAGUCGAUCAUGGAUAUCUUCUCAUAAUACAGCAGCAUCAACAGUAGUAAGUGGCGAUAGGAACAGAAAUAUGGGUCAUUCAAUAGCGUCAAAUGGUUGUCGUUGUAUGUAAAUUUUCCAACUCGAAAUAUUUUCAUAAUCCUCCAACAUUAUUUUG